ACGAGGAGCGGACGCAAUUUGGAUCUAUCGAAAUCGAACUUUUUGGGGCUUACUACUACUACUACUACUACUACUACUACUACUACUAGAAGUACUACUAGAAGUACUACUACUACAAGAAGUACUGCUACUACACUUCAUUCUUCUUUGACGUCCAAGUGGACUUCAUGGAUCUUCUGACGUUUGGAUUUUAACGCCCCGCGCCAUGGCGGCGAGCUAGUUUCUCCUCCACCGUCCACAAGGUCUCGCGUGAGAGGAUGGGUCGUCAGGGAGGAUACUUGGCGCUCCGGAGGAUGAUGAUGAUGAUGAUGAUGAUGAGUGAAGUAUCCGGCGGUCAUUCAGGAGCGACCGGCGGCGGUCCGGGCCCGGGGUCGGACUCGGCCCAGCCCCGUUUCUCCGCCUCCCUCCCCACCUACCUGCCGGUGCAGUGCCAGCUGAGCGGCGCCGACUCCGCCUUCUUCUUGCGGGAAGCCAAUCAGGACGUCAUGCGCAACGGCAGCCUGGGCUCGCGCACCGAGCCCUUCUUCCUGCACCAGCUGGAGGCGGGCGUGGCCGCCCCGCACGCCCUGCCCUCGGUCGCCUGCAGCUACGGCAACCUGAGCGCCGAGCAGACCGUCCCCGUGGAGCUGCUCCAGGGUCUGCAUCUGACGCCGGGGCAUGUGACCCUGAACUGGAAGGUGAAGGGUCACGUGGUGGUGCCCAGAGUGGGGUCCACAAAUCCCUGGAUCCAGGUUCUGUUCUACUUGGUGGGUAGACGUUGGGACGAGUCGGGCCCCCAUCUCCCGGGCCUCCUCCCCUGUGUCCGAGCCUUGGCGGUCCGAGACACCAAUGAAGUGGCCCCGUCGGCCGGUUGCAGACUCAUGGGACCGUCCGGAUUGUGCGUUGUCCGCCUGGAGAUCCCCCCAGCCUGGUUUAUGCCCCUCCAGGCGAGAAGGAGACCCGUGGACGCCGCGCUGCCAUCAUUGGAGGUGUAUUACUCCGUCAUACCAGUGGAGGGCGCCGGACUGGAGUGUCCCCCUAUUGUUAACGAGCCGUGGAAAAGUCCGGCGACUAACUUGGGGCCUCUCGGGGGUCUGGGCAUGCCGUGGAGCCCUCCGGUGGACGAAGGACUUCAGGACAUGCAGAAAGUCGGUUCUGUGGCCGUGACCGUUGGUCCGGUCUCAGCCAAAGGAGAACUGCUGACGCUGGACGAGAACGUGGACGUUCUGGUGCCUCCCAGUCCGGUCCGGCUCGGCAAGACGGUGGCGUUCGGCGUCUAUAUGAAGACCUUCUCUCACGUGGAGCAGUUCACUCUCAGGGUGUGGUUCCAGCCGGGCGUCAGCUUCCUGGCGGUGAAGCCCAGCGACGUGGUGGCCUGGGAGAUCAAACAGGAAAUGGCGGCAGGAGGCGGGUCCUUGGCGGUCAUGUGCCAGAGGAAGUCCUCCUCCACGGCCGACAGGUUGCAGAGUCCAUCCUACGAGGUGAUGCAGUUGGACUUUGAGGUAGACAACGUCAUCAGUUUGGCGCCCACACAGACGCUGCACUGGGUGGUAGAUUACCUGUCAGGAGCCCCGCCCUCCGCCGAGAGAGUGUCUCACCUUUACGUCAGCAACGCAGACAUCCAAGGCAUCGUACCUUUGGCACAGGACACGGACGUGGUGAACACGGCCAUCCUGACGGGCCGGCGGGUGACGCUGCCUGUCAAACUGGUCACCGUGGAGACGGACGGACAGGUGAGGGAGGUGGACGACCUGCUAACGUGCCGCUCUACCGACGUGGACGUGCUCAAGGUGUCCCCCACGUGCGACCAGGUGUUCGUGAACGGCAAGGAGAUGCGUGGGCGUCAGUCCGUGGGCGUGGUCUUCACCUACAUGCACCUGUCCGCCCAGCUGGCUCUCAGCGUGUGGGUGCCCAAGCUGCCCCUGCAGAUCCACGUGUCCGACACCGAGCUCAGCCAGGUCAAAGGUUGGCGUGUGCCCAUCGCCCCCAGCAGGAGGAUGAGGCGAGACAGCGAAGACGAGGAUGAAGACGAGAAGAAGGGCGGCAAAGGUUGCACCCUGCAGUACCAGUACGCCCUGGUCCGAGUCCUCACCCACUUCGUGUCCGAGCCGUCCGACCCGAGAGGCCAGAUGGUCUUCAUGUUGGGCGCUGACUGGCAGGCGGACAUCACACACCUGGUCCUGGACCAGCUGAAGGUGGAGGACCCUCGCAUCGCCAAGCUGAUAGACGGGAGAGUCCUGCUGGGCCGGGACUUGGGCAUCACCACCAUCCAGGUGUUGUCUCCUCUGUCCGACUCCAUCCUGGCGGAGAAGACGGUGACCGUGUUGGACGACAAGGUCACCAUCACGGACCUGGGAGUCCAGCUGGUGGCUUCUUUGUCACUCAGUGUGACGUCCAGUCCAGGACACCAGAGAGCCAUCCAGCUGACAUCCACGGCCAGCGAGCUCCUGCAGGCACCCAAACAGGAAGCAGCCAUCAGCGCGUGGAUCCAUUACAGCGACGGUUCUGUCACGCCGUUGGACAUCUACGAGCCCAAAGACUUCCUGCUGUCUGCCCUCUCAUUGGACGACAACGUCAUCUCAGUGACCAAUCAGGAGCAACACUGGCCCGUGGUCGUGGCGGAGGGCGAAGGCCAGGGGGCGCUAGUCCGCGUGGAGAUGGUCAUCUCCGAGAGCUGCCAGAAGUCCAAGAGGAAGAGCGUGCUGGCGUGGGGCGUGGGCCACGUGCUGGUCAACUUUGGCGCCAAGAACCAGGCCGGGGACGGGAGAGCGCCGGUUCCCGAAGGAAGCGUCGCCGCCGACAACGGCAGCAACCAUCAACAGCGGGAGUGGAAGUCCGACAGUGUGGACCGCGAGGAAGGCGCCAUGAGGAAGGUUGGCUUAACCACCAAGAGUACCGUCACCCACCGAGCCGUCGGCGGGAAAUCCUACAGCAGCGGCGGCGGCGGUCCGAGUCAAGCUGGGGACCACGCUAGUGUCCCGGCCCAGGUGGAGGUGCCCGGACCUGCGGACAACGAGCUCACGCAGACCACCAGAGGACUGUCGGACCUGGAGAUCGGGAUGUACGCCCUGCUGGGGGUCUUCUGUCUGGCCAUUCUCGUCUUCCUCAUCAACUGCGUCAGCUUUGCUUUCAGAUAUCGCCACAAGCAAGUCCCCGUGCUGGAGGCGGCGGGCAACAUGAACCACGCCCACGACUGGGUGUGGCUCGGCAACGAGGCCGACCUCCUGGCGGACCACCCUGACCAGUGCCCGGGCUCGCUGCCGGACGAGUGCACCACCAUCAUCGACCGCAGCGAGGAAGGCUACGAGGAGAACAAGUACCUCCUGAACGGGGCGGGCGGCUCUCUGGUGAUGGGCGCAAACAGCAGGGGCGCCCUCGGCGGCGGGCACCGCGGCGUCUCUCACAGUCAGACGUUACCCAGGUCCAUCCCAGAACCCCUCCAGUGCCUUUCCGCCAUCGCCGCCGACAACGCGCCCCAAGCGGCCGCCGCCAACAAGCGCAAACGGGUCAAGUUCACCUCGUUCGCCACCGUGCUGCCCGACGACCACCCGGCCGGGGGCGGCGGCGGCGGCGGCGGCGGCGUCCCGCCCUACGCCAACUCCUCGGCGCCGCGCGGCGAGGACGACAUCAAGUGGGUUUGCCACGACAUGGACCUGGCACAGUCGGAGAUCAGAACCUACAUGGAGAGGCUGCAGGACAACCUGUGACUGGGGGGGUCGAAGGUCAAACACCUGGUGGUGGGGAGGGGGGGGCGGGACAAUUCACCUGUGAUGCCUUUGCCACGGACGAAGGGAGCGGGGCGGACUCUUCCUGGAGCCCAGCCUCUUUGGGACACGCCUACUUUUAGGCUCCUCACACUUUGGAGGGAAAAACACCUGCAAACUAUAAAAUAGUGCAAUAAUAAAACGAUAGAAUAUAUUAAAACAUCAUUUUGUUUUGCCAACAUUAAACACAUUUGAGUAUGUUUUAAAAUGUGAAAAUAAUUU